AUGGGAAGACACUCUUGCUGCUACAAGCAGAAGUUAAGGAAAGGACUUUGGUCUCCAGAAGAAGAUGAAAAGCUUUUGAAUUACAUUACCAAACAUGGUCAUGGAUGUUGGAGUUCAGUCCCGAAACUAGCUGGUUUGCAGAGGUGUGGGAAGAGUUGCAGGUUAAGAUGGAUAAACUACUUGAGACCUGAUUUGAAGAGAGGAGCAUUCUCACAACAAGAAGAGAAUUUGAUCAUUGAACUUCAUGCAGUACUUGGAAACAGAUGGUCUCAGAUUGCAGCACAAUUACCAGGAAGAACUGAUAAUGAGAUUAAGAAUCUAUGGAAUUCAUGUCUCAAGAAAAGGUUGAGACAAAGCGGCAUUGAUCCAAACACUCAUAAACCGCUUUCUGAGAUUGAAAACGACAAUGAAAAAGCACUUACAGCGAACAAAAGCAAUCAAAAAGCUUCGGUUUCGUCGAACGAAGUUAUGAGUUUGGUAAUGGAACCUACAAAAGCUUCUAUAGAUGGUUACCCUCUAGAAGUUUCUACGUCCUCAAAGAUUAACAAUGGUAGCAGCAGCCAUGAAUUAUUCCUAGACAGGUUCAACACCACAGGAUAUUUUUCUUUCCAGAACAUGAACUAUGGAUCAAACAUCGGAAUUUCUGAGAAUCCAAAUGCAUCUAUUUGUUUCACACCAACUUCAUCUUCUUCACAAAUGAUGUCAGAUACAAAUUCUGUUAUAAACUCCAACAUGCUCCAUUCUGUUACAACCUCCAUUUUCCAAACACCAACACAAGUAAAACCAACCGUUUCCGUUUCCUCCGACGGAGUUCAUAACUGGGAAGCAAGUAACUAUAACAGCAUUAACAACGCAAGCAAAACCAACGCGAACUUUCUCGACAACGGAACUCUACCGUUACAAGAAGAAAUGAAAUGGUCUGAAUAUCUCAACACACCGUUUCUUAUGCAGAAUCAACCUCCUCAAUCUAUCUACCCCGAGGCUAAACAAGAAACAGGUUUCAUAACUGAUGAAUCAUGUACUAGUUGGAACCAAUGCCAACCGCAGCAGCAACAACAACAACCAGGCUUUCAACUUUCUGAUAUAUAUAGCAAGGACCUGCAGAGAUUCUCAGUGGCUUUCGGACAAACUCUGUAG